CCUUGCUUGUUGGGACCGCCCAGAAGGAAGCCUCGCAGAUUCUCAGAGGCGGCGCGCACCCUGAUAUAAAUCACCAGUCCCGGCGUCUCCCGUUCAUUUUCGAUCGACCCGUUGCCGUCUGAUCCUUACAGCUAUGCAAAGGGUAGCUAUAGUCACCGGCGCCACCAGUGGGAUUGGUUCUGCGCUGUGUGAACGUCUGCUCCAAGAAGAUGAAAACAUCCAUAUUUGUUUAGCCUGCAGAAACAUGGACAAAGCCAAUGCCACCCGUGACAACUUAUUAUCUUCCUUCCCCCGUGCAAACAUCAGCAUUGUUAAAAUAGAUGUUGGCAGGCUGGACUCUGUCCUACAUGCAGCUCAAGAAAUAAAGAUGAGAUUUCAUAGAUUGGAUUAUCUCUUCUUGAAUGCUGGGAUCAUGGUCAAUCCGCGUGUCAGUUUCUGGGCAUUUUUACGUGGCCUCUUCUCCAGCAGAGUAUUUCGAAUGCUCACCACAGCAGAGGGGCUGAUGACCCAGCAGGACAGGGUCAAUCCAGAUGGCCUGCAGGAAGUCUUUGCAACCAACUUCUUUGGACAUUUUCUAUUGAUCCGGCAGCUGGAGCCUCUGCUCUGCUGCCUUGAAAAUCCUUCCCAGCUCAUCUGGACUUCUUCAGUCAGCGCCAAUAAGUCUAACUUUAGCCUUGAUGACAUCCAACACAAGCAGGGCAAAGAGUCCUACAGUUCCUCUAAAUACUGCACUGAUCUUACAAGUGUGGCUUUAAACAACCAUUUCAACAAGCAGGGUUUAUUUUCAAGUGUCAUGUGUCCAGGUGUUGUAAUGACCAAUAUGACAUAUGAAAUGAUGUCCCCUCUUUUCUGGAAGCUGUUUUUCCCUUUCUUAUGGCUGCUACGCCUGUUGACCCCUACAUACACUCUGACACCGUACAACGGAGCAGAAGCACAGAUUUGCUUGUUUAAGCAGAAGCCAGAGUUGCUGGAUCCCCUGGUGAAAUAUUACAGUUGUACUACCAUUUGGGGGAAGAAUUAUAGUGAGAGCCGCAAGAUGGAUAUUAAUGAAGACAUAGCAGAGAAACUAUACAAGAAGCUGUUGGAAUUAGAAAAGCAAGUUUUAGUGAACAACAAUCACCCAGAUAAAAAAUAGCAAGACAGCUCUUCACAGGAAAAUGUUUCUUCCACUUGGAACACUCUUUGUUAUUAUUGUUUGCCUUUGCAAACCAGAUUUUCCUAGUGGACUGCUGGAAGGAUUGUACGACUAGAGUGUGGACAGCCACUUGUCUGAAAUGGUAUAGGGUGUCCUGCUUGAACAGGAGGUUAGACUAGAAGACCUCCAAGGUCCUUUCCAACUCCAUUUGUCAACUCUGAAAACAUUUUUAGCUGAAGCCAUAUUCUCUUUUUCUUCGUUUCUUAGUUGCCAUACAUAUUGGGGGUGGGGGACCAAUGUACUGUGAAAUGUUUUCUAAUGUGCCAGGCAUAACGGUGAUAGGGCUCGUGGGAACCAAGGUCAUUUCAAUGAGCGCUCGUAACAACUGGAGGGAGCAGCUGAGAAGCCUGCUGCUUACCUGAUUGGUCAACGUGAUCUGUGACAUGGGGAGGGUGGGGGUGUGGGGAAUAGCUAUUUUUAAUUAUACCAAACAGUGGGAAAUAUUAGAGUUGGAUUCACACAUAAAAGUGCUAAUACAUACCAAAUAAAGGAAAUAUUUGAGAAAAGCUACAGUCCUGAAUUGAUUAGGAUCAUUACUCGGAAGCAUGACACCAUUCUGAUUCAUUGACCUUGUUUCUCCUCCCAAGGGUAUUUUAUAAUGAAUUUUUUUGACCAACACCCUAAUGGUGAUGCUUCUUCAUUCAACAUAUGGCACCUCUAGUUGGGGUCUCAAUUAACCCUGCCUUGGGGCUCCAAGUACUUUGGUUAGGCCCCCAAACACUGUCCUGGCAAUAGAUUUUAUGAGAGAAAAUCCAAGCAUCUCUUCCUGGGACCCCAAAACGGGGGGGGGGGGGAACGGGACUGGCAAACCAAUCUGGACUGACAUAGCCCAAGGAGGCUGACACUACUCACUCUAGCAGGGGCAUUUGUAAGGGAAGUCAAAAGGGACAAGAUGGCAGGCAUUAAUGCUUGAUCAAAGCCUCAUUUAAAUGGGGAACACAUAAAAAUGGUGCAGGGUUUUGAUCCUAUAGUUGAACUUCUCAUCUUGACUUUUUUUAAACUCUUCCCCUCGCACUAUGUAUACCCUCACACUAUGGCAUCCUUUCUGUUUCUCAAAAGACUAUAAUCAAGGCAGUGGUGUUGAACCACUUCUGUAUCUAAAGAUGAUCAUGUUAUUACUUUUACUUUAAAACUGUUCUUUAAAAUCAAGCAGCGAACUUGAUUUGGGUGAAAGAAUGGAUGGUCCUACAAAAGAGACGACUUUUGACAUUUGAGGGAGCCGGUCUUCAACAUGGCUGGCACUAUUUUCUAUGGCUGGGAGCAUCCGGCCGUCCUAGACACUUUGAUGAUCACUAUUUACGUAGGACGCUUGGGUACACUUGGGAAAAGGUUAGAAGAAGAGUAUAUUCAAAAGUUCCAUGUUGGAUUUCGGCGCAGGAAGCUCAGGUUUACCCGACAUUGUAUAAAGGGGAGAAAACCUUGACGUAUGAAGGUUUCUUGGAUGUUCAGGGUAAUCCGAAGUCACAAGAAUUAUUAACUCUUCAAGGAUAUAAGAUAGACUGGUGGUCUUAUUCUCAAGUGCACUCCAGGUAUAAAAAAGAUUUACAUAGUGAAGGAAUCUACCGUAAAAGACAAGAAUUGGAUAAGAUCUUAUUCGAAGGAGGGAAAGGGAUAUUAUCUAAAUGUUAUGCAUAUUUAUUGUCUCUGCAGAUAGGACAGGAUGUAGUGAAGGAUUGUAUGAUAGCAUGGGGGCGAAAUUUUGGAUAUCCCCUUGACUUCCAGCAAUGGGAACAGAUUUGGUUGAAAAAUAUGAAAUUAACCAUGGCCUCCUCAUAUAAAGAAAACAUAUAUAAAAUGGUCUACCAGUGGCAUCUACCCCCCGGUGAGAUUAGCUAAAAUGUUUCCCGGGACAUCUGCCUGCUGUUGGAAGUGCGGUUACAGCAAUGGAACCUAUUUUCACCAAUGGUGGACCUGCCCGCAGGCGGUUAAAUAUUGGAAAAAAAUACGGCAAUGGAUUUUGGAAAUUACACAGAUUAAUUUGGAAUUAAGACCUGAGAUUUUCCUAUUGGGGGCAAAACCUUUGAAUGUUAAAUCAGAUAUAUGGUUCUUGUUGAUUCACAUUAUCACUGCAGCAAGAUUAGCGUAUGCGCAGGAGUGGAAAAAUCAAUACUUACCGAUAGAUUUGAAAAUAAUAUAUAAAAUUAAUGAGUGUGCAGAAUCAGAUAAAUUAACUAGAUUGAUCAAUGGUAAAAAAGAUUCAGAAUUUUAUAACAGUUGGAAAGUAUGGUACGAUUGGGUCCAGAAAAGGUGGGAUAGAAUAGAUAUAUGAUGAUGUAUAUAUAUAUGGUGGCAAAUAUGUAUGUAUAAAGGAAUGAUUUUAUACUUAUGGACAAUGUAAUCAUAUUAUACCAUGCUGGCAGGAUUGUAUAUUUUAUUUGUGUAUUAGUGUACAGAAUAUAUUAAUAAAAAUUAUAUAUAUAAAAAAAAUUGUUCUUUUCUCUAA